AUGAGGCUAGUGAAGCAGGCAUUGAAGGAAUUUGACCCAUCUCAGAUCUAUCGUCCUGAGCUGGACAGGACAGAGGACAUGAAGACAGCUGGCUUAAGGAACUACCAGAGUGGAGCUCUGCUAGAUCGAGUUUAUAAAACUUACCAAGAGAUGCACACAAACCAGACAGUGGAGUUUGUCAGAAAGAAGCUUGCCAAGUGGGAAUAUUGUAACCAUGGAGAGAUGACAAUUAUGGAAAUCUUGAAUGCCCUGGAUGAUUUGAUAGAUGAGUCUGAUCCAGAUGUGGAUUUUCCAAAUUCCUUCCAUGCCUACCAAACCGCUGAAGGAAUUCGUCAGCAACACCCUGAUAAAGAUUGGUUCCAUUUGGUUGGUUUACUGCAUGACAUUGGAAAAAUAUUAAGUCUCUGGGGAGAGCCACAGUGGAGUGUUGUGGGAGAUACUUUCCCUGUGGGCUGUAAAUUUCAAAAAUCAAUUGUCUUCCGAGAGUCUACCUUCACAGACAAUCCUGAUGAAACUGACCCUGUUUACAGCUCUCACUAUGGGAUAUACGAACCUAACUGUGGACUAGACAACUUGCUCAUGUCAUGGGGACAUGAUGAAUACUUAUACAGAGUGCUGAAGGCCAACAACUGUACCCUUCCAGAAGUGGGUUUGUACAUGAUCCGAUUCCACUCCUUCUACCCUUGGCACACUGGUGGAGACUACAUGCACCUCUGCAGCAAGAAGGACCAUGAGAUGCUACCCUGGGUUCGAGAAUUUAAUCGGUUUGAUUUGUACACCAAGACAGAAGACCUUCCCAGUGUGGAAGAACUGAAGCCCUAUUACCAGUCCCUUAUUGACAAAUAUUGCCCGGGGAAGCUGCGCUGGUAAUGGUGAAAAGAAAGAAGGUCAUCUUUACUGGACAGUAAAUGUAGACAUUAAAGCAAAAUGAAAUACAAAAUCUUACAUUCUAAGAAGAUAACUGGAAAGAAAGCAUUACAAUGUUUCUUAGAGAUCACAUCCAGAGUUUAAGUCAUGAAUUAAAGAGCAUUCCAGGAGUAAUAUUUUAGAUGUCUGUCACACUUUACAGUACCUUUUUCAUUGUUACAGAUUCAGUACAACAGAAGUUAUUUCACCAGCAUCAAGAUGGUUAUAUAUUCAACAGCAGCUUUUUUUUUUUUCAUUUUUUACAAAUUUUGGCCUGAUCUCACUAAGAAUGUAAAUAAUUGA